UACUAGUUCUCUCUUCUCCUUCUUAUCUGCUACAGCAAUUAUAUAUUUCCCCCAAAGGCAAUUUCGGCGUGCUUUACUUACCACCUGCCUAUUUUUCUCUCUUUUUCCCCUGACAAAAAAUAAAGUAAUCUUUGUAUUGCUUUGUUUUUUUGUUAAAUUGGGUAAAAGAAAGAGUGCGUGUGAACCGGGGAGAGAGAGGCGAGAAAAAAGGGGAUAUAUUGGAGGGUGUAGGCAAGAAAUUAUGGGAGCUGGGUAGAGGAAAAUCCCCAAAUUUCUUAUCUUCCUCUCGCGCUGAUGUUCUUCUCCUUCUGUAGAGCACUGGAGUGAGUGAGAGCUCGCGGUGUCUCCAUUUAGGACAGAGGAGUGUGCAAGUGUGCUUCUUCUCCGGUUUCUUUUCAUCUGUAAAAUCUGGUGGGGAAGAAGGGGAUCUGCCAUUUCCGUGCUCAUUCUGCUAAAUCCCUGGCCUAAGCGGUUGUGCUGUAAAACUUUCUGUGUUUGCUGCAACAAAGAUCUCGUCUUUGACCAAGCGAUGAUGGGUUUAUGGGUUCUUGCAGCUUCCUAAUCCCUAGUCCUAACCUCAUCACAAGCGCUCGUGAGAGUUAGUUAGCGGUGUAAAAAACAAAUCCAAGCAUCGGUUUGCUGCCAGCCAUGGAGGUGAGGUCCGAGCAAGGGCUAAUGGCGGGGAGGGAUCUGUUCGGGAUACCCAAGAGCGCGCCGGCACCGGUGCCGUCGUCCGCAGCCAUGCAGCAGAGCGUGCGCAUGGCGUACACCGCGGACGGCACCCCUGUGUUCGCCCCGGUGAGCUCCGCGGUCGCGCCGCCGGGUUACCAACCGGUCGCAGCGGCGCCCGGCUCCAACAUGUCGACCGCCGCCGGGGCCGCCGGAGGUAAUGGCGUGGCUGCGCUACGGGACAUGGGGGGACCGUUGGCGAAGAAGAAGCGCGGGCGGCCAAGGAAGUACGGGCCCGACGCGGCCGUGUCGCUGGCACUGGUGACUGUGCCGCCGGGUGCAGCAGGGCCGACAGUUGUGCCACAGGGGGCUUCUGGCCCGUUCUCACCCACGGCGCCGGGGAGCGUCGUGCCAUCGGCGUCGCCGGAGGGAGGGAAGAAACGUGGCCGGCCUAAGGGGUCUACCAACAAGCCCCGGGUGAAUGUUCCUGGACCGGUAGGAGUUGGAUUCACACCUCAUGUUAUUACUGUUCAAGCUGGAGAGGACGUGUCAGCGAAGAUUAUGUCCUUUUCUCAGCAUGGAACUCGGGCAGUUUGUGUUCUCUCAGCAAAUGGUGCCAUAUCAAAUGUAACACUUCGCCAAACUGCUACGUCCGGUGGAACCGUAACCUACGAGGGACGGUUUGAGAUACUGUCGCUCUCUGGGUCUUUCCUUGUAACGGACAAUGGAGGCCAGCGUAGCCUAACUGGGGGGCUCAGUGUUUCAUUGGCUGGUCCUGAUGGUCGUCUCUUGGGUGGAGGUGUUGCAGGACUUCUUAUAGCAGCUUCGCCAAUCCAGAUAGUAGUGGGAAGCUUCAAUUCUGAUGGGAGAAAAGAACAGAAGCCGCAGGUUAUGCCGAAGCUGCAGGUUUCUUCUGAACCAACACCCUUGAAGGUCGUUCCAGCCACUGGGAUGGGGCCCAACAGCCCACCUUCUAGAGGCACAUUGAGUGAAUCAUCAGGUGGCACUGCAAGCCCUCGACAUCAAGGCUACACUGCCACCAACAAUAACCAGCCGCCGAUCUUGUCAAGCAUGCCCUGGAAAUAAACUCAGGAUCCUUGACUAAAUCCGGACUCUGGUAGACUGUCAGAUGAACUGCCUCCAUGGCAGAAAAUAGAAGUGGCGCAUCAGUCUAACUAGCUAUUAUGUAGUGUAAAUCAGAAGUUCAAUUAGUGAGCACUGUAGCUGGUAAGUGAUAACUGCAACUGUUGUGUAGGUCUCGCCUUGAAUUUGUGUAUCAGGUAGUUGUUUAUUGUUUGUCUUGAGAUGAUGUAUUCAGCUAUGAUAAUGCGACCCUAUGUGGCGCUUCAAGUUCUUAUGUUCAACAAAUUUAUAUAUUUCCAACUGAUCUCCUGCAAAA